AUGAAAAUAUCAGGUGUCCUUCUGCUCCUCUCUCUGGCUCUUUUCGGCUUUUAUUCAGGUGUCUUCAGUCAAGGAGUUCAGAUUGACUGUGGUGAGUUCCAGGACCCCAAGGUCCACUGCACUCGAGAAUCUAAUCCCCACUGUGGUUCUGAUGGCCGGACAUAUGGCAAUAAAUGUACCUUCUGUAAGGCAAUGGUGAAAAGUGGUGGGAAGCUCAGCCUAAAGCACCCUGGAAAAUGCUGA